AUGAUGCAAACGAACACCUUUUCGCAACGCGUUCACGUUUCUUCGUGUUCUCAGUUACGCGUAAACAGGCGAAGCCCGUGCGCCGCGAGUGCAGGGAGCGCGACAAGAGCCUGUGCUCGAAAACCUCGAUGCGUCUUCCAACCGAAUUCUACUCAACAAUGUGAACAUAAACAACAACAAAAGAUGAUGAUGAUGAUGAUUAUCAACGACAAAAGCAAAAUCAAGGAGAGUACAAAGAGAAUCGCCGUGUGUUCUGCAACGACGGCAGCUGCCGCAGAUGCGGCGGACGCAUCCGGUGAAAACGCUGCCGUCGUGAAUACAAUCAAAGCCAUUUUUGGAGCUGGUGGUUUCGCAUUGCCGUGGGCGUUUGCUCAAGGCGGGACGGUGUUAGUAACCGCGUGUUUAUUGUCCUCGCUCGUGUUAUCCAUGGAAACCUUGCGAAUGCUCGUUGCUGCGCAAGAUGUGGUUGUGAGUAACAACACCGCGUCUGAAUCUGAUGUUUCCACCUACGCCGGAUUGACGAAAGUCGCACUCGGCGCCUUUGGGGAAAAUCUGAACAAGACUUUAAACGUUGUCACGUGCUUUGGCAUUACCGUUUCGUACUUGUUAUUCAUUUCUGAAACUGCGGUCGCGAUGUUUCCGGCGGCAACGGCGGCAACCAUCACGAAAGUCCAAGCAGUAUCGGCAAUCACGCCAUUAGUUUUGGGAUUAUCCUGGAUUCGCAACAUGGCGGGUGUGAAUAUUAUCUCUUUGGUCGGAACGUGCUCGGUAGCGCUCGGCAUGCUCGUGUGCGCGGUUUCCGCUGCGACGAAAAUUUCAAUGCCUGCGAGUCUUGCGGCGAUUCCAGUGGCGAACGUUGCCGCGUUCCCUGGAUUUUUUGGUACCGUCGCGUUUUUAUUCUUCAUUCACUUUACGUUGUUUGGGAUUCAGCAAGGUAUGCCGCAAAAAGAAAAAUUCUUAGGCGCAGCAUCCAAAGCGUUCGUGUUGAGUGCCAUUGUUGGUGGUCUCUUUGGUAUUAUUUGUGCGGUUGGUUUCGGUCCGAACGUUUCAUCGGUCGUCAUUACCAUGUUGGAAGGACCGAUUGGCGUCUUUGUGAAAGGCUUGUUGUGCGUAAACUUGUUGUUCACGUUCCCAAUCAUGGCGCAAUCCGCGCUUGUUGUGUGCGAAUCGGUCUUCACAAACAACGAUCCGGCGAAAGAGUUGGCCAAAUUGCCGGCGUUGAUUGUUCGCUCGGCGUUUGUUUUAUUCGCCGCUUUGUGCGCGACGUUGAUUCCGAACUUUGGCGCCGUUCUCGGGUACGUCGGCGGCGUGUGCUGCUGCGCGAUGACGCUCGUGUUACCGCCGGUGAUUUUAGACAAGUGUUCGAAGAAAGCGGGUCAAGCUCUCAGCUCUGCGGAUAAGUUGAAGAUUCCGGCGUUGACGCUCAUCGGGGUCGUGUGCAUGAUUUUAAGCGUAGUGUUGUAA